AUGAUUCCGCAGUCGAAGAAGCGCAAACUCCCUGCCGCCUCGGGGCCUGCGCCGAAACGCAGCAGGAGCCUGAAGCCGACGACUCCCAAGGGCAAGGCGUCGACGAAGCGCGCCAUCGACGUGGCGUCGCUCUCGUGGAAGCCCGUCGGCGAGGAUUUUGGCGGGCUCGAGGUGAUUACGGGCGUCGACGUGGUCAAGGAUGGGGACAAGGUGCAGUUUGUGGUGAGAGAACGAGACGACGGCGGUGACGAGACGCACAACGACGGCAACGGCGACAAAGACACAGACGGAGACAGGGGCAAAAACACGCACGAACGGCAAGAUGAGGCUGAAUCUUUUGAGGGGUUUGGUGACGACCCUGUGGAGGGCCAAGAUGUCCAUAUCCGCAAAGCUGGCAGCCGUCAAGAUGGUGUGGCGAGCCAGAAAGCUUCGCAACAGGUUGCGAGCCAAGGCGAACCGAAGACGAACAAAAAAGACAAAAAAGACAAAAAGAAGAAACCCCUCCCGCAAGACAAGCAAGCAACCGACGCGACGGCCGAUAAAGUACUUUCAAAGCCCCCUGCACACGGCGGGAACUCGUUCGGCGCGCUCGCGGAACUCGCACAAGGGGAUCAAGAAGACGACGCCGUCGACCUGGUGGACUGGGUGGCGCUGAACCUGUCGCCGCGCAUCUUGUCGGGCAUCGCCAAGCUUGGCUUUGCCAAGCCGACGGCAAUUCAGACGAUGGCGAUCCCCGAGAUUAUGGCCGGCGAGGACGUCAUUGGCAAGGCACAGACGGGGUCGGGCAAGACGCUGGCCUUCGGGAUCCCCGUCGUCGAGAAGUGGCUCGAGACACACGACGACGAGCAAGCCGCGGACGGCGACGACACGGAAGAGAAGAGUCCGAUGGCUCUGGUCCUUUCCCCGACGAGAGAACUGGCCAAGCAGUUGGGCGACCACCUCAAGGCGCUGUGCGACGGCCUCGCCGCGGCACCAUACGUGUGCGUCGUGACGGGCGGGCUGAGCAUCCAGAAGCAGCAGCGGCAGCUGGCCAAGGCGGACAUCAUUAUUGGCACCCCGGGCCGGCUGUGGGAAGUCAUGGACGGCGACAUGGCGCUGCAGGAGUCGCUGACGUGCAUCAAGUUCCUGGUGGUUGACGAGGCGGACCGGCUGUUCAAGGUGGGUCAGUUCAAGGAGGCCGAGGAUAUCAUCGGUGCCCUGGACCGGCGAGCUCCCGAGGCCGGGGAGGAAGACGACGAGGGCGAGGACGAGUUGCCGCCGAGACAGACGCUCGUCUUCUCGGCCACGUUUGACAAGGACCUGCAGACGAAGCUUGCUGGCAAGGGCAGGUCGGGCACGGCGGGCACGGCCGAGGACAAGAUGGCAUAUCUGAUGAAGUGCCUCAAGUUUCGGCGAGAGCCCAAGUUUCUUGACGCCAAUCCUGUUAGCCAACUGGCCGACAAACUGCGCGAGGGCCUGAUUGAGUGCGGCGCCAUGGAAAAGGAUCUCUACCUGUACGCAGUCCUUGUCCUCAACCCCGGCCGUCGCACCCUCGUCUUUACAAACUCCAUCUCGGCCGUCCGACGCCUCACGCCCUUGCUGAGCAACCUCAACCUGACGGUGCUACCGCUGCACUCCCAGAUGGCGCAAAAGGCGCGGAUGCGCUCGCUUGAGCGCUUCACCGAGUCGCGCAACUCAAUCCUCGUCGCGACCGACGUGGCGGCGCGCGGCCUCGACAUUGACCAGGUCGAGCAGGUUAUUCACUACCACGUGCCGCGCACGGCCGACACGUACAUUCACCGCUCCGGUCGGACGGCCCGCGGUGAGCGUGGCGGCGUCAGCGUCCUGCUGUGCUCGCCCGAGGAGGUGCUGCCGACGCGCAGGCUGGCGGCCAAAGUCCACGCCAAGCGCAGCUCCACUGGGGCGCGUCGUCAGCACGUCAUCCAGGCGCUGCCCGUGGACCGCAAGGUGGCGGCGCGCCUGCGGCCUCGGGUCGACCUGUCGAAGCGCCUAGCCGACGCGGUGCUGGCCAAGGAAAAGGCGCACGGCGACGAGGCGUGGCUGCGGGCUGCCGCCGAGGACCUAGGCGUCGAGUACGACGCCGACGACUUUGAUGACGGCGGCCUCGGCGGCGGCAGGGGCGGACGCGGCGGUGGGCGGAAGCGCAAGGAAAAGGAGGCGCGCGCGCUGAGCAAGGCGGAGAUGGGGGCGCUGCGGGCGCAGCUUCGCGAGGAGCUGAGUCGGAGGGUCAAUCUCGGGGUGAGCGAGCGGUACAUUACCGGCGGACGGGUCGAUGUGGCGGCGCUGCUCCGGGAGCGCGAGGCCGGGGCGAACGGCAUCUUUCUCGGGGGCGACAACCUGGGGCUGGGGCUGUAG